UGCCUCUUUCUCCUCGCCUCGCUCGCCUCGGAUCGCGCCUAGUUCCCCGGCUGCGCUGGCUGAGCCCCCUCCCCUCCACUGCUUCCCCGCCGGGAGCCUUUCCGAAGCUCGCGUUGAUCCUUGGCUUGGUGAGAAGCGGACCUGGUCAGGUGUAGAACCGAAGCGUUUAGGCUCGGAUUCGCCCGCGUAGGUGGCCUCCAGAGAUGCUCUGACCACCCCUCAGGUCUUUAACUACUUUUGGAAUAGAUAUCGUAUAGAUUCUACUCCAAAAUGCAGAGGAUGGCAUUCCCUGUGGAUAUGUUGGAUAAUUGCAGUCACGAGGAGUUGGAAAAUUCUGCUGAAGAUUAUAUGUCAGAUCUAAGGUGCGGGGACCCUGAAAAUCCUGAGUAUUUGUCUCUUCUCAAUGUUACGAUUCCUAUUAGCCUGUCAAAUGUAGGCUUUGUUCCUCUUUAUGGUGGAGAUCAGACCCAGAAAAUUCUUGCUCUUUUUGCACCUGAGGACUCACUCACAGCUGUGGCACUUUACCUUGCUGAUCAAUGGUGGGCUAUUGAUGAUAUUGUGAAAACAUCUGUCCCUUCUAGAGAGGGGCUUAAGCAGGUGAGAACUCUUGGGGAGAGAGUGGUUCUGUAUGUUCUGAAUCGAAUUAUUUAUAGAAAACAGGAAAUGGAGAGAAAUGAGAUCCCAUUCCUGUGUCAUAGCAGUACUGAUUAUGCUAAGAUUCUGUGGAAGAAAGGAGAGGCCAUUGGGUUUUAUUCAGUUAAGCCUACAGGAAGCAUAUGUGCCUCAUUUCUUACCCAGAGCUACCAACUGCCAGUUCUUGACACAAUGUUUAUAAGGAAAAAAUAUCGAGGCAAAGAUUUUGGGCUUCUUAUGCUGGAGGACUUUGUCGAUUCCUUUACAGAAGAUGCACUAGGCUUGCGGUAUCCACUGUCCUCUCUCAUGUACACAGCUUGCAAGCAAUACUUUGAAAAGUAUCCAGGAGACCAUGAACUCCUUUGGGAAGUUGAAGGUGUUGGACACUGGUGUCAGCGAGUACCAGUCACCAGAGCAUUACAGAGAGAAACACUUAAAAUUACAGUUUCUCCAAAUGAACCUAGAAGAUCUUUGUCUGGAGAAUAUGGUCUUGCAUCUGUUCCAAGUUAUGAAGCAGGAACUGAAGACAAUCAAUCUAGUGAGAUACAGCUAACUAUCGAUUCUUUAAAAGAUGCCUUUGCAAGCACUUCUGAAGGUCAUGAUAAAACACCCGUUUCCACUCGUACUCGAAGUAGUCAUCUGAAGCGGCCAAAGAUCGGAAAGCAGUUUCAAGAUUCUGAAUUUAGUAGUUCUCAAAGGGAAGAUGAAAAGACUCCCCAGACUUCACCUACAGCUUCAGGAAACAAAUUGGAGUCUACUGCACAUACAUCAGAGAGCUCAGAAGAAUUCCUGGAAGAAGAACAUGAACAGAGUGUGAUUGAAUUUGAGGAUGGAAGUAGUGAUAAAGAUGCUCGUUCGGCACCAGAAACCCAGCCACACCUGGAGAAGCAAGAUGGUGAGAAGGAAUCUGAAUUAGAGCCUAUGAAUGGUGAGAUAAUGGAUGAUGCUCUUAAGACCCCACUUAUAACUGAAGAGGAGGACUCCACUUGUGAAGUUUUAGAUGAAGAAUUAAAAUUGCAGUCUUUUAAUUCCAGUGAAGACUCUACGAAUCUUGUUCCACUGGUGGUAGAAUCUUCAAAACCGCCUGAGGCUGUUGCACUGGAUAAGACCUCACAUAUAACUGACUCAGAAAUGUUGCUAGAGGAAGGCCCAUCUGAUGAAAAGGGGCACACUGAAGAGAAACUGCCAUUAGUUUCAAGAAAGAAGGCACAUUUUGGGAGUUCAGACAGUGUUGCUACCAUUCCAAAUGAAGAACGAUCUGACAGUGGUUUUCCAAACUCUGUGAUAGCUGAAUUUUCUGAAGAAUCAAUCUCUGAAAAUUUGUCACCCAACACUACUUCCUCAUUGGAAGACCAGGGCGAGGAGGGGGUACCCGAGCCCCAGGAAACAUCUACAGCUCUUCCUCAGAGUUCUUUGAUAGAGGUUGAACUUGAAGAUGUGCCAUUUUCACAAAAUGCAGGACAGAAGAACCAGUCUGAGGAGCAAUCUGAAGCAUCUUCUGAGCAAUUGGAUCAGUUUACACAAUCAACAGAAAAAACUGUGGAUAGCAGCUCCGAGGAAAUAGAAGUGGAAGUGCCUGUUGUAGACAGGCGGAAUUUAAGAAGAAAGGCCAAAGGGCAUAAAGGACCUGCUAAGAAGAAAGCCAAGCUGACCUGAAUGAAGAAACACAGAUGAUAAAUCCUCUUCUUUGUAACAUAAUUGUUGUUUUUAAAAUAUGGUAAUAAAUAGCAUGGGGCACAGGACAAGAAUUCCAAAAUUUGAAUUUGAGCUUAUUUAUGAUGCAGUUUUUCCCUCUCCCUUAGGAUCUCUAGGAUUCAUUGUUUUUAAUUUUUCAGGCUAUUUUGUGUAAAUACAGCUUUUUACUUUUAUUAAUCAUGUUUCAAUUUUGGGAAACCAGAUCAUACUAUAUUUUCUUUAGCAGUUGGGGACAUUUGACCAUUAAUAUUUCAGGAAAUGUAAGAAGCCGAAAGUAGUAGGCUUUCCAUUACUUGUAAGGAACACAGGAAUCUUUUAUACUAAGGGUUUUAAUAGUAAACUUGGUGAGGGUUCUAGAAGUUUUAGCUUAAAUAUUUAAUCACCAUUUUUUAAAAUGUAGGCAUGCCUAAACAAAAAUGUCAGUAAAUUAGAAUAAAUAUAACUUCAACUACAGGAGAGCACAGAUACAGAAAUUUAUGGUCAAAGGUUUAUGAGGGUGGUAUUUUGGCCUCUUAAUUCAUAGCUGUAUAGAUGCAUUUCUUCCUUUGACUUCAAUGCCUGUGGAAAGGCAGAAACUGUUUCUAACUCACUCUUUGUAACACCUGUUAUAAACAUUACUGCUAGGGAUUUAAUUGUGGCGUGUAGGUACUAAUGUAAUUACUUAAAAUUUCAUUUGAAGCUGGGGGCUAUACUUUUGUCCUCACCUAGUUAACAUGUAUACUUCAGAAGUAUGAGAACCCUUCCUAAGAGUGUUCAUUAAUCCUGACACUGCCCUUUUUCUAGAAUCUUAUUUUUAUUCCCCUCAGCUUUCAUCCACUUCCGUAAAUUGUGGAGUGAUUCCUGUCAAAAGAUCUUCCUGCCUGCCUGCCAACCAGCUUAUGCCCUUGCCAUCCAUUUUUUGGGUAGGUAUGAAACUGUGCUCCACAAUCUUAGACGUAGAUGGCAGAAAUAAAACUGCCCUAGGAGCUGUAGUUUACAAGAGCUUAAAUCAUUAUUGGAGGCUCUAGUUGUCCCUUUCUUUGGUCUUGCACAUUCUUGGGUUUGUUCUGUGAGGACAGGUUACAAGCCAGCCUGUCUAUGUAUGUUCAUUGUGUUGCCAUAGCAAAAAAGUCUUUGCCUAGGAAAAGCUUCAGUUGUUAAUUUUUGUAAUUUAUUUAGAGACGAACAAAAUGGUUAUUCUUAGAAUCCAAAGAGAAUCUUGAAACAAUCCUCCUCUUUGAAAGUAUUGCGUAUACUCAGAUUUGCACUUAGAGAAUGCUUUGAGACCAUUUAGAUUGUUUUUAAAACAAGCUUGGUCUUUACAUAAAAUGUGUUAUGACUCUGUGUCCUUGAGGUACUAAGGAUUGAUGUUAAAAGUUUUUCAGUAGUCAGGUGAUGUCAUUAAAUUUCAUUUUGGGAUGUUAGUAUUUUAGGAAGCUGUAAGUUGAGUUAAAAUCUUUAAGCAGGCAAAAUAGCAAACCUUCCUAUUCAUGUAAAAUUUUUGAGUACUUGUAUCCUCAAAUUUUCUUUAGUUGUUGGUCAGAGGUAAGCCAGAUUAUUUCAUGCUAAAUGAAAAUUAAAGCACUUUGGUCAUUUGUUUUCUCAGAAAAUACUAAAUAAGUGAAAGAAAAAGUAUGAGUAAUAGCUAGUAUCUAUCAAACGUUUAUGCUGUUUUAUACAUUUUGGGAGAAACUUUUGUUAAUACCACAAAUAGGGAAAUAAAGAUUUAGUAAAUUCUUAA